GUUGAACCCUUGCUUCCAAGCGGUCCGAUUCGUCGUGGAUGAGCAGCAUGGGCAUCUACGACGACACGGCCAUCGAAGGGAUUUGCAGUAGAUUGCGGGUUCUGGUCCAGGAUUCGUUUCAGAAGCAUCUCUAUGUCUCCGCGAUCUUCUUUGCGGAUCAGCUGGUCUCAUUGCAAGGGCCGCAGCCGGAGGAGAUCUAUACUCUGGCUGAGUGCUACUUCAAGAAUCGCGAGUACCGACGGGUUUUGCAUUUGCUCAAGAAGCAUAACGAGGCCACGGAGAACAGCGAUCGACUGAAACUGCUGGUGGCACAAAGCCUCAUCGAAUGUCGGGACUGGGAGGAAGCUCUCAGAUACCUGGAAUGCAACUGGCCAGAAGACCAGGGCGCGUCCGACCCGAAGACGGCCGCCAGCUUUGCACUGCUGCGGGGCAAAGUCUACGAAGCCAUGGAGAAUCUGGAGAAUGCCCUCCUGUGGUAUGAGCAAGCUGCUCACUUGGAUGCCUACUGCCACGAGGCACUCGAACGCUUGGUUGGUAGCCACUUGCUGACCAUCGAGCGUGAGAUUGCUCUUCUCAAGGGCUUGAAGCUACACAAGGAGGAUGAAUGGCUCCGACACCUCUACGCCGCUAAGCUGACUGCCAGCCGAAGCAGUGAUGAGAACCCUUUUGCAGAGGCUGCCUCUGGAGGUGCGCCGAGUGUUCUGGGCGACUGGCGCAACAGGAGCGUUCGCGACAGGUUUCGGGAGCCCAUGGGGGCGGCAUGGAGCCCCGGGUCAAGCUCGGGAGAAACCCCCACAAAGGAGCUCAGACUGCAAACGUUUGGUUUUUUGGACCGGGGAGGGCUAAGUGCCGCAAUGCUGACUCCAUUCACUUGGAGAUCGUCCGAUUCCGCGUGGGCAUGAUUUUGGACCAGGGAGGCCGCGUGUCCAUCCUGUUGAGAAUCUGUUUUUUGAAAGAUGACGACUGGAACCGGACCACGGCCACAGUAGAUCGACCCAGCUGUCGCUGGGGUUUUGGAAGGUGAGGAGAGAUGAACUUUGGCUAUAUCUGGUGUGGAAUUCGAAUCAACAAUAUAUAACCAACCAUCAAGGGUGCC